CACAUAUAUAUGUACAUGAUCCGACCAAACACGGAACCGGAAAAGGAACAGGAAACUCUCGCCCUGUCGCCUAUUCCCACCCUGUUCACUCGAUCUCACCACUUGACGGCGCGACUGGACCCGUCCGGAGCCAUAUUUCCUCUAGAUAAUACUCGAGGGCGAGACGAACGGGGCAGGGUCUCUUUGCUAGCAACGUCUUAGACCAAAUUUUGGUUGGUUGGCUGGCUGGAAUGACCACCUUCAUAGACGGAUGGACUUCGAAGCCCUUUCCCAAACUCGCCUUUUCCGCUGGCGGCGUUCUGGCACUCGCCGACUUGCAGACCAUUGCACAACGCACCGCCAUCGCCGGCGGGGCGAGCUGGUUUGAUGCGCUUGUGCUCGCCCCUGGCAUCCACUACCAGCAGGCAGCCGACGAGUUGUUUCGUAAGGGCGGCGCCGUGGCGAUUACCGACGUUGUCGACGAGUUUCGCGGAUCACCCGUGACCUUCGAGCUCAAGAACGCCGCCAUUGCCCACUACAUCCAGCAGGUUGCCAAGCCCGGCAUGACGGUGACACUCGACGUCGGCCGUGUCGUGGCUGCCAAGGGCCGAUACAAGCUGAGCCGUUCCAACAGCGGUCUCCACGCCACGGCCUGGAGGGACACGGUGAAGCCGGACACCGGAUGGCUGUCACACGCCCUGUACCUGACGACUCCCUUCAUCACCGUCGUUUCGAUUGCGCUCGUUGUGAUUUUCAAAGACUGGUGGACACUCUUAUCCAUCGUGGCCCUGAUGACCUCCCGCAUCCUUAACAUCUGGGUGAUCAAGAGGCGGGCAUCCCAUACAGACAACUCCAAAGAUUCCCCUCAGACCCCUCAGAGCCCUCAGACCCCACAGAGCCCGCCCUCGCACACGUCGAACACGGCCCGCGGCCCCGGGGAGAACUCGGGCAGGUCCAAUCGCCCAGGUCGCUUGUCUUUUUCGGAAACCCGCCAACGGUUAUGUCAUUGCUUCCUCCGCGUAGCUGACUUUGAGCGCAAGGCCAUGGUGCACCUGCGCGGAAAGAAAAACGACCUCCGCGACGCCAUCUCCAAACAGUGGUAAGUCAUGUCCCCAAUCCCCCUGGCCCCUCCCAAGCUGCUACCCUUCCUUUCCUCUCACCUUCCCUUCCUACAUCCGAUCCAAGACCACGAAAAGAAAAGCUACCGCACCGUAGCUAUCCAAGUUC